AUGGGGUGUAAAUUUUCUGGUGCAAAGGACGCUCAAGAAGUGACUUCUUUGUCUGAGCAAGACGUCAGAAUUAUAAACAAAAUAGGUGAGCUUGCUUCUCAAGUCCAAAACUCUCCAUCACCUGCAGAACUCCAAUUCCUUUUGCAAACUUUAAGCAAUCUUCACACAGUCGAAUCAGCCAAGCGUGAAGAAUGGCUUGCAACAAUCCACAAUGAUAUCAUAAAUCCCUUAUAUUUCUCUAUGAUAGAAAAUUUCCCAUAUUCUGAUGCAAAUCCAUUCAUUCCAGACCAGCAUAAAUUAGAAACUUUGAGAAACAAAGACUUUUUACCUUUUGACAAGUCAAAAGACGAGUUAAGAAACUGUCUUUUGCAUAUAUACUUUAUAUACUAAUUUUAUUAAAAUAUAUCUUCAAUGGAUUUAUUUAUAUAUUUAUUAACUCCCCCCCCUCCGUGAGUGAACAAAAAAAAAUUUUGUUCACUCACGGAGGGGGUUAAUUUUUUUUUUUUAAAACAAUUAUAUAUAUAAUUUUAUAAAAAAUAUUUUUUUUUCGAAAUUUUAAAAAAUCCUAAUUCGCAAAAAAUUGAAAAGCAAAUAUUAAUUUAAUUUAUAAAAUUUAUGUUUUAAAAAGCAAUUUGUUUAAAAUUACACAGAAUUAGCUCUGGAUUUCAUUAUACUAAUUAUCAUUUAUAUAUCAAAAAUUUUUUCCAUAAAAGAUUUUUGUAUUAAAAAAAAUUUUUGUUCACUCACGGAGGGUGGGUUUUUGGGCAAAAAAUAGCGAUUUUUCUAAUGGUUUUGUUCACUCACGGAGGGGGGGGGAGUAAGUAAUAUAUAUAUUCAGAUUUUAUCCCACUGUUCAAUAUUGACAUUUCAAAGCUCCAAAGAUUUAUUUUUGCUUUGUCAGAAAACUACAACGAUAAUCCAUUCCAUAAUUUCACACAUGCUUUUGCAGUCACCCAAAUGCUAUUCAGCAUAAGUGAAAGAGCUAACAAACUACAAGCGUUUUUAGAACAUAAAGAUAGGCUUGCUCUUCUAGUUUCAGCGUUAGGGCAUGACUUAAAUCACCCUGGAGUAACAAAUGCUUAUAUGAUAAAUACAAGACACCAGCUUGCUGUUCGCUAUAACGAUAUUUCUGUGCUGGAAAAUUACCACGCAUCAACGCUAAUUCAUUUUCUCGAGCUUUCUGGUUGCGAUAUUCUGGAAAGCCUCCCACUUCAAGAUAGGAAUUAUAUGAGAAGACAGAUAAUCCCGACGAUUUUGGCGACAGAUAUGGCUAAACAUUUUCAAGUAAUCGCCAACUUCGAAGGAGUUAUGAAGAAUUUUGAUAGGGAAAACGCAGAUCAUAGGCAAGCUGUAAUGGAUGGGCUAUUACAUUCUGCAGAUGUAGGGAAUCCUACAUUAAGAUUUGAUAUUGCGACUGUUUAUUCUCUGAGGAUUAUUCAGGAAUUUAAUAAACAAGUGCUUACUGAAGAACAGAAAGGUCUUCCGGUGUCUGAGUAUUUGAGGGUUGGAAAUGAUGUUGCUGGAAUUAAAAAAAAUCAGCUGGGCUUUAUAGAAAAACUGAUUUAUCCACUCUGGAAAGUUGUAGCAACUUAUAUACCUGAAGCGCAAAUUCAUAUAGAUACUAUUGAAGACAAUAAAAGAAGGUGGGAGGAACUUGAAAAUCUAGAUUAA